ACCACUCCAGCCUUGGGGAACAGGUAGACCCCUCCGAGCCACCUCCCACCCCGGACUUCUGCAGGGGCUACUUUGACGUGAUGGGGCAGUGGGACCCCCCCUUUAACUGCAGCUCGGGGGAGUUCAUCUUCUGCUGCGGCACUUGUGGCUUCAGGGUUUGCUGCAAGUUCAAGAAGACGAGGCUGGAUCAAAGCACCUGCACAAACUAUGAGACGCCGUUAUGGAUGAACACUGGGAAGCCUCCUUCACGCAUAGACGACCCUCUGCAUGACCCUACCAGGGAUAAAACCAACCUCAUUGUCUACAUCAUCUGUGUAGCGGUCAUGGUGCUUGUGGGGAUCUUCACCAAACUAGGGCUGGAGAAGGCACACAGACCCCAGCGGGAGCACAUGUCCAGGGCUCUCGCUGAUGUUAUGCGACCUCAAGGUCCAUGUACAACAGAUCACAUGGAAAGAGAUCUAAACAUUGUAGUACAUGUGCAACAUUAUGAAAACAUGGAGACGCGACCUCCUCCAAAUAAUUUGC